CUUAUACCAUCACGAGCAAAAAAAGUAGCAGCUACCUCCUGGUCCUAUUAAUGGUCUGCUACGUGAAAAUAUCGGAUAUUGCAUUCCAAGAUCUAUCACUUUUACUUGCUGGAUGAUUCUCCGCUUCCUCAGGGACCUGCAUGUGCUUGUACACUACGUCAAGUUUUCCCAUGAUAACUCCGACCGGCCUGGGACUAUAUAAGCUAGCGCGAUAUUCGCCUAUACUGCCCCAUUCUUGCCAUGACACACCCUUUCCUUGAUGCGGACAUCGCUGACCUCGUACGGAAGCUCAGAAUCGAUGAAAAAAUAGCGCUACUCAGUGCCCCCAAUUGGUGGAACACCACUGCCAUUGAGCGCUUGAAGAUUCCUUCUGUUCGCAUGAGCGACGGACCUAACGGCGUUCGAGGAUCGUCUCAUUUCGUCGCUACGCCUGCGCAAUGCAUUCCGUGCUCAACUUCUCUUGCCGCCACCUUUGAUACCGAGUUAAUACACAAGGCUGGGAACUUUCUAGCACAGGAAGCUAAAAUUAAGUCAUCCGUUCUGUUACUAGCCCCAACCUGCAAUAUUCAGCGCUCACCACUGGGCGGGAGAGCUUUCGAAUCCUUUUCCGAGGAUCCACAUCUAUCUGGCAUGAUGGCUUCCGCCUACGUCAAUGGACUGCAAGAGGAAGGAGUUGCCGCAACCAUCAAGCAUUUUGUUGGCAACGACCAGGAGCAUGAGAGAACUGCCGCGGAUUCAAUUAUGUCAGACAGAGCCUUGCGAGAAAUCUAUCUGUAUCCGUUCAUGCUGGCGCAGAAAAAUGCUCAACCAUGGGCCUAUAUGACUUCAUACGGUCGUGUCGGAGGGUUACAUUGUUCUGAAAAUCGUCAACUCUUACAGGGAAUUCUCCGAAAUGAAUGGGGCUUUGAUGGAAUCGUUAUCAGUGACUGGUUUGGCACUUACGGCGUCGACGAAGCAAUCAAUGCUGGGUUGGAUCUUGAAAUGCCCGGCCCACCCCGAUGGAGGACUCAACUGUUGGUUUCACACUGCCUGACGUCACAGAAACUGCUGCCUUCUGUAAUAGACGAGCGCGUCGCUACCCUUCUUCGUUUUGUGCAGCACCAGGCUCGUAGGAACCCUGAUGUCGUCUAUGGUGACGGCAAGGAACGCAGUCGAGACUCACCUGAAGCCCGAGUAUUCUGUCGGAAGCUUGCUGCCGAUGGCAUCGUUCUUCUCAAGAACAGGGAUAAUAUCCUUCCCCUUGCUGCAGAAAAGGUGAAAAGCCUGGCCAUUAUGGGGCCUAACGCCAAAGGAAGUGUCAUCUCAGGAGGCGGGUCAGCUCAGUUGAAAGCUACCUAUGUGGUGACUCCAUAUGCUGGCAUUACAGAAGGUGCCCCGAAGAAUCUGGUCAUCGACUACGAAGUCGGUUGUUACGCUCACAAAUAUCUGCCUACAUUGGAAGCCAACUUGAGAACGCCAACCGGCGAAUCGGGCUGGCUUUGCACAUUUUAUAAUUACGACGAGCAAGGCAAGCUUACGGAGCCUGUUGCCGACUUUAUCCUAUGUGAUACACGCGUGAAACUGAACGAUUUUCUUCCUGCUGGGCUCUCGUCGACUUGGAUGAUCAAGUUGACUGGAAAGUUGACUAUGGACAAGACAGGUCCUUAUGACCUUGGUUUGACAGUCGCAGGGCGCGCGAAGCUCUGGGUGAAUGGUAAAUUGGCGAUCGAUAACUGGACAAAACAGACACCCGGAGAUUUCUUCUAUGGCCAAGGGACUAUUGAAGAGAAGGCAACGUUAGAUUUCAAAGCCGGUGUUGGUGUCGACGUUCUGGUGGAGUAUAUCAACACAUCUCCGCCGAAAAACAGCGAUAAAGAGGACGACAUGAGAAGCUCUCAACCAGCGUUGAUGCGUGGCGUUCGUCUUGGCGGUUGUGAAAGGAUUGACCCUGACAAAGCGAUUGAUUCUGCUGUAUCGCUCGCUUCCAAAGUCGACGCUGUUGUCUUCUUUGCCGGUCUAACACCCGAAUGGGAAAGUGAAGGAUUUGACCGACCUACCCUGCAGCUUCCCGGAAGACAAGAUGAAGUUAUCACCUGUAUUGCGGAGGUAAAUCCCAAUGUCGUUGUCUGUAUCCAAGCGGGAUCGGCGGUGUCUAUGCCCUGGGCUGACAAGGUAGGAGCAUUGCUUCAGUCGUGGUACUCAGGGAAUGAAGCAGGAAAUGCUAUUGCCGACAUUAUUUUCGGGAAAGUGAAUCCGAGUGGCCGAUUACCCCUCACGUUACCUGUUCGUUUGGAAGAUGUUCCAUCGUUCUUGAACCGGCACAGUGAAUAUGGAAAGAUCUAUUACCGGGAAGACUUGUUUGUCGGAUACAAGCACUACCAGGCCGUUGGUGUACAGGCGCAGUUUCCAUUUGGCUUUGGACUCUCCUACACAGAAUUUUCACUGUCGAAUUUGUCGCUAACUGCAGUCACUGAAGUGGACGUUCAGGUUUCUGUUGACGUGAAAAACACAGGAAACAAAACGGGUUCGCAGGUUGUACAGCUUUAUGUGUCAUAUCCAGACAUUGGUAUGACGCAGCCUCCGUUGCAAUUACGAGGUUUUGCGAAGGCCCGGGAUAUACCGCCAGAUUCAACACAGACGGUCCUUAUUCCUCUCGACAAGUGCACGUUUUCCUUCUGGGAUCCUUCUGUUAAUUCCUGGCGCGUUACCGUUGGAAAAUACGGCCUGCACGUCGGGUCCAGCAGUGAGCAGUUGGACUUGGAAGCGGUGGUGACAGUGAAGAAAGGAUUUGUAUGGAAUGGAUUGUGAUGUGAUGCAGUAUGUACUUAGUAAACAAAAAAGGAAAUUCAGCAAUUAUGUCCUUGG